AUGAAGACAUCCAUGGGAUUAUCACCUUUUCAAUUAGUUUAUGGGAAGGCAUGUCAUUUGCCAGUAGAGUUGGAGCAUAAAGCUUUGUGGGCUUUAAAAUUCUUGAAUUUUGAUCCUUAUGAAACUCAGAGCACACGCAAGAGGCAGAUUCUUGAGCUUGAAGAAAUGCGAUUGAAGAUAUUCCCUGGGAAGUUGAAGACAAAAUGGUCAGGACCUUUUGUAGUAAAAGAAGUGCAUCCACACAGAGCCAUUGAAAUAUUUAAUCCUGUUGAUGAAGAUCCACAGAAAAGUUGGGUGGUGAAUGGUCAACGUCUCAAGCCCUAUUUAGGGGGAGAAGUGCAACAUUUGUCCAUAAUGAUGCAGUUGGUUGAUCCUUGA